AUUGAUAAUGUAGUUGUUUACAUUAUUAUUAUUCUGUAUUAUGAACAUCUGAUCUAUUAUCUUGUUUAUGGACCUUUGUACCAUUGAACCUUGUAUCCAUGUUAUGUCUGUUACCAUUGCUAAUGAAUUCCAAGGUAAGUCUUACCAAUGGAAAUACUACCCCACUUGCUUCAAAUAUGUAUUACCAGCAGAAGCAUGGCACAAUUCCAUCAAACAUGCAAACCAGUGCCUCACUGGUGAUAGCUAAGAAACCAACAGCUUCCGAAACAGAACUUGAGAAAUAUGCAGUUGAAAAUCUUAACAAACACAAGAAAGGCAUCUUUAGAAAGCCUGUUUCAUUAGCACACAUGCUGUCAUGGACAAAA